AUGGAAUCAAAAAUAGCCGCUGCGUCCACAAAAAUAGUCGCUGCAUCCUCGAAGAUCGUUGCAAUCGCAAAGACCGUUGCCAUGCACGUGGAGGACCCCAGAUUCGUAGUGGCUGUAACUGCAUUAACUGCCGCCUACUGCCUCUAUGAAAAUUUUAGAGGAGGUAAUGGGCCGGUAACUCUCUCGAAAAUUCAUCCGGUCCAGGCCAUCCAGCUGGUCCAGGACAUCCACCUGGUCCAGGACAUUCACCUGGUCCAGGACAUCCACUUGGUCCAGGACAUCCACCUGGUCCGGGACAUCCACCUGGUCCAGAACAUCCACCUGGUCCAGAACAUCCACCCGACGCAGAGUAUCCAAAAACGUCGGAACAGCGGCAAUGCGAGCAAGAAGUGCAAGAGCGCAAGCGAAAAGAGGAACGCCGGCAACAACAAAAGGAGCAACGGGUACUAA